AAUUAGGAGAAAUAUCUCAUAUAAAUUUAUUAUUACUCAUUAUAUACUGCAGGAAAAAUAAACUAUUUGUAUACAUUCUUAUGCAACUCUAAGAGAGUUGAAGUAAGAACUUUCUUAUUUAGUUGCAACAUGAGGAAAUUUCAGAUGAUGUUAUCUGUCACCUCCAGAUUUUUUCAAAGGAUUUUUUCUAGCCUUAAUUAUCCACCUCAUAGGAAUAAACCUUUGCCAUUCCCCAUCGAUUUUUUCCUUUUGGCUCCUGAAUUCCUGACACAGCAAGGUUGUACAUAUUUUACACACUCUUAGUUUAGCAGAGUUCUUUUCUCAGUUAUGUUUUUCUGCAAGAGAAACCCUCCAAAACUACAUCAUAUAUUUAUAUAUUAUAUCUUUAGGUUUCAUUUUUCUAAGCCGGGUUUGGUGGAUGUCUCUGGGGAUUUGUGGUGGGCCAAAUUCUGCAUCUUGGAGGUCGUUAAAGUUUGACCAAUUUAGUCUGGAUCAGGUGGGGACAAUCUGCCUUCAUUAGUUUCUCAUUCUCCUUCUGGGAACAGUGUACUAGCUAGGAGAUAUUCUCAUCCUAAAUAGAAAGCGGAAGAACCCCAGUAUGGAAGCCAUCUCAAAUCUCUAUGCAAAAUAUAUUAAUUUUCUGUUCAUCAAAGCAAGCUAAAUUAUUGAACUUCAAGUUCAGGGAAAAAGUAGUCAGUCGUCCUGUGAUGGGAGGUUACUGCAAGAUUAUAUGUCAAAGGGCCUGGUACCCACGAAUACUUAUAAAAUUGCUGAAUAUUUUAAUUAAAUAAUAAAUAUUUAAACUUUAGACUUGAAAUAAACUUUACCAAAGACCUAAUAAUUAGAGAUGUGUUUGAUAAAUAAAUAUUGUUCAUGGGCUGAAAAUCCUGAGUGGGAAAAUAGGACUAAUUUCAGCUGGACAAUCCCCUGGAAACUCAUUUUAUAGUUUGGAAAUUACAAGAAAAUAAUUCAUUCCAUUCAUAAGUGGUGUGCACAUGUGUGUGUUUGUGCAUUUAUUUAUGAGCUUGUGAAUAAUGAAGUCACACAAAAGUAUUAGCAGCAACCAGAUCUUAUGGAGUACUGGCCUGCCUGUGGUUCUCAAGUAAAUCUUAGAUUCUUUUGAUAAAAGAAGGUUGAAUUCUGUGUAUUUAUAUCUGGCGUUUAAAAAAGACUGUAUAGGUCAUGAUCUUAGUUAUGACCAAGCUCCCUUUAAGAAUUUAGAUAUUUAAUAUAUGAUCUCUGUAUUGGGUUAUAAAACUUCCCUAGCCACCAAAGUUGCUAAAGACAGAUAAUGGAGAGGUUACAGAAGGAAAAAUUGCAAACACUGAAAGUUAAUAUGUCCUUGUUUGCAUACUAGCAAAUAAGAAUUCAGGUUUCAUGUCAACUUCAGUAUGAAUAAUUCCAGCCUAUAACAAGAACAGACAUGAGUGAAUGAGUUAAUUUGAGUUGUUUUGAAAAGAAGAAUGUUUUCCAUAAAGAGAGCAUUGAACUCAUCCGUUAGCAUGCUAUGGUGAUUUCUGGCUUUACAGUGGUCACGACAAUUAAAAGUAAAAAGAAUGGCACAGCAGAUACACAAAUGAGGUACAUAUAGAAUUUAAAGUCAGGAUAUUCAAGCCAUCAGAACCUGUGAUGUUACACGAGCAUUUAAAAAAUUUCUUUCUGUCUGUUCAGACAUGAUAACUUUUCUGUCUAUCACUUUUUCCAUUCUAAUAAUGGUUAUAUUUUUUAUUGGAAAUUUUGCUAAUGGCUUCAUAGCAUUGGUAAAUUCCAUUGAGUGGGUCAAGAGACAAAAGAUCUCGUUUGCUGACCAAAUUCUCACUGCUCUGGCUGUGUUCAGAGUUGGUUUUCUCUGGGUAUUAUUACUACAUUGGUGUGCAACUGAGUUUAAUCUAGCUUUUUAUAGUGUAGAAGUAAGAAGUACUGCUUAUAACGUCUGGGUAGUGACCAACCAUUUCAGCAGCUGGCUUUCUACUAGCCUCAGCAUAUUUUAUUUUCUCAAGAUUGCCACUUUCUCCAACCUGAUUUUUCUUCACUUAAAGAGGAGAGUUAAGAAUGUCAUUCUGGUGAUGCUGUUGGGGUCUUUGCUAUUUUUGGCUUGUUAUCUUUUUGUGAUAAACAUGAAUCAGAUUGUACAGACAAAAGAAUAUGAAGGAAACAUGACAUGGAAGAUCAAAUUGAAGAGUGCAAUGUACUUUUCAAAUAUGACUGUAACCAUGCUAGCAAACUUUGUACCCAUCACUCUGACCCUGAUAUCUUUUCUGCUGUUAAUCUGUUCUUUUUGUAAACAUCUGAAGAAGAUGCAGGUCCAUGGCAAAGGAUCUCAAGAUCCCAGCACCAAGGUCCACAUAAAAGCUUUGCAAACUGUGACCUCCUUUCUCCUGGUAUGUGCCAUUUACUUUCUGUCCAUAAUCCUAUCAGUUUGGAAUUUUGAGAGACUGGAAAACAAACCUAUCUUCAUGUUCUGCCAAGCUACUGUAUUCAGCUAUCCUUCCACCCACCCAUUCAUCCUGAUUUGGGGAAAGAAGAAGCUCAAGCAGAUUUUUCUUUCAGUUUUGUGGAAUGUGAGGUACUGGGUGAAAGGACAGAAGCCUUUAUCUCUGUAGAUUCACGAGAGGGGCCUUGUGUGUCUUCUAGCAGAAAGCAAACUGGUGGUGUAUGAAAUAUUUUCUAUUUCUUACUGUGUUUUCUGUAAUGUAUGUAUAUGAAUAAUUUCCAAAUGUACACCUAGAAAAGUCUUUUACUUAAUGUUAGUCUAGAAAAGCAUGUGUGUGUGUGUGUGUGUGUGUGUGUAUUUAUGUGUGUAUGAAAAACUGAAGAACAUUGACAAUAACAUGCUUUGUAUUGUUUUUUCAAAGAAUUGCCAAAUUAUAGAAAGUAUGACAAAAAAUCCUCAGAAUUCUGAAGCCAUGUUUAUUUUAUGCAUGUAGUUUUUAUUUCAUUUGAAGAAUUUAUGUCUUUUCAUAAUUUUUAAGAACUAACAGCUUAUCUUGGGGAAAAUAUUGCUCUUUUGAUUGUUAUUUGAAUCACACAAAUAUACCACAGUGUGCUUAGAAUUCGUUGUUUUAACCUAUAACUUUUUGGAUAAUAAUGUCAUUCAAUUCUAUCUCAAUAAUGAGGAUGUAUCUUUGGGGUUAUUCCGUUAGAAUUCCUAUUUUAUGUGUAGUAAAAAGCAAACAGAAUUGUUGUUAGAAAACAAUGCACACAAUAAAAUUUGAGUGACAAGCAUAUUUGAGUAAAUUUCAUCUAUGUCUACCAUAAACAGUACUGAGGUAUAUUAGAUUUAAUACAAGUAUGUGAAUAGCUUAGAAAAAAAAGUCUUCUAUAAGAGGGAUGAAAAAUCAUGAUCAUGAUCUUGAAUGCUAUUAUCAGCUUUCAUAUGCAGUUAAAAAAGUCAUUUCUUCCAACUUUUGAUCUAAAGAAAAGUUGUUUUUGAAAUUGAGCUCUGAUGUAAAUUAUUUUAGUAUUUUUUCUAAGGCACAUCUAAGUCCCUGAAUUGCUAAUAAUAUCCUUCUCUUCCAUUUAUCAAAUUCCUUCUAAACUUCAGAUAAGAGAACCCCAACCUUCUCUUUUCUAAAAAAAACUAUCAAUGUGAAAAUAGUAUAGAAAUUAUGGAAAACAAUUCAGUGAAACUUUUUGUAAGUGUUAAAAUAGCAUCUAUGAAAUCUAUGUAUUAAUUAUAGGUUGUGCCGUAACAUUGUAAGCUUGUUGUCAGUGAUGAAAUGGAAGUGUGUUGACAUAUUCACGUUCAUAAAGCAUUAUUAAUAAGUUUAUAUGAAAUAACAAUCAUAGAAUGAAAAAAGAUUAGUAUAAUUUAUUGAAGUAAAAAUAUAUUUUGAAUAAGAGUAGAAAAGGGCUUGGAAAAUAUUGUUUAAUAACAUUUUAUGUAAAUACAAAAAUGUUUAUAUUAGCCUGACAUUACUUAUUUUGGAAAGUAUAUGACACAAUGGGAAUUUUCUUACACUCCUCCUGGGAGUGCCAUAAAUGUGUGCCAUCAUUUCAGCUGAGUAUGGUAUUAUCUGAUUACGAUGAAGGAUUACAUCCUAAGAUCCAGUAUGGACACUCUUAUCAGAAUGCAUAUACAUACACAUGCAUAUCACUGAGUUCCAGUAGCUCAAGUUGAGAAAUCCUCCAAAUGUCUACCAGUCCUCUCAAUGGAUAAACAAACUGUGGCAUACUUAUACAAUGGAAUGCUCUACAGCAAUCAAAAUUAACAAACAAGACUGACAUGUUUACAACAGAAUAAUACAACAAAGAAAAUGAACAAAUUUGAGCUACAUAGAUAUUAAUACUCACAGAUAUGAGAGGAAUGAUCAAGAUGGAAAAUACAUUUAGUAUAAUCUCAUUUACAUAAUACUGAAAAACAUUGUUUUUAAUACAUUGUAAUUUUUUACCUUGGUAAUAAAUCUCUACAGUGAAACAUAUGAGUGAUCAUUUAAACAAUUGGGAUAGUCAGGAGGGAGGAAAAUAUCAACAAGAACACUUUCAUCGGGAGUAUCUGGAUUGCUGGAAAUUCUAUUUUUUUUUCACCCUUUUAUUUGGAUCUUAUCUGUGUGAAGUAUCUUUGACUGUGUUGGUCAUCGUUGAAUCAAAUAUCUAAAGAAACUGAAUCUGGAACAUCCUAGUCCUCACAUCAAAAGCACUGAAUAAAGUUGGAAUGGGGAGUGGUGGUGGUGGUGGUGGUAGAGCAACAGGGUAGCCUAGUUAGGUUGCACAAGCCCAUCAAAACACACGUGAUUGUAUGAUUAGAACCAGGAAACUGGUUACUAGAAAAAGUAAUUUAGUGCACUGUAGAGAGAAAAUAUUACAUAUUCAAGCACCUCACAACAGCUUACCACCAAUUUUGUUUGAGGAAUUUCUUUAGGUGUUAAAAUACAAUAAACAACCACAGUUGCCCACUUUUUGAUGUGGUUGUUUGAUUUUUUCUUGCAAA